AUGAGUCAACAAGCCGAAGAAAAGAUGGAUGUUGAUAGCGAGGGUGUUUCAGCCACCGCUAGCACAUCGUCCUCGGCAUCGGCGGCUAUGCCGCCAGUAGCAUCAACCUCAAAAACUUCACCCCCAUCAGGGAUGUUGGAUGCUGAUGGUAGUAGCGGAUUAGGUGGAAAAUCGACGCCAAUGCCGAUAGAUGGUAGAAAUGUUAUGGCCAGCAGCGCCACGGUACCCUCUGUAACUUGCUCCCUGCACCCGCUUGUAACAAUGAACAUCGCAGACCAUUGGACGCGCACUCGAGCACAAAAGAGCAACAAACCUCUGGUCUUUGGUGCACUUAUUGGCAAGCAAAAAGGCCGUAACAUCGAAGUCAUGAACUCGUUCGAGCUCAAGUACGAUAUAGUCAACGAUAUGGUUAUUAUUGCGAUGGACUAUUAUCAUGCGAAGGAGGAACAAUAUAAACAGGUGUUCAGUGAUCUCGACUUUCUCGGUUGGUACACUACGGAUGCUAUUCCGACGGAAAAACACAUAAAUAUUCACAAACAGAUUUGUGAAAUCAACGAGUGUCCUUUGAUGUUGUUACUGGAUCCUCUCAACCGAAACAUGAACCUUCCAAUCUCGUUGUACGAGUCUGUGAUCGAUAUAGUACAGGGCGAAGCGAUGAUGUUGUUCGUGCCCCUCAACUACACGCUUGCUACCGAAGAAGCGGAACGCAUUGGUGUCGACCAUGUGGCCCGCAUGUCUAACAAUGAGACGGAUGCAAACUCAACCGUAGCGGAGCACCUGCUGGCGCAGUAUAAUGCGAUCAAAAUGCUAAACUCCCGCGUGAAGAUCAUCCUAGCGUACAUAAAAGCGGUUGAGAAUGAUCAAUUAAAACCGAAUCAGGAAAUCCUUCGCAUGGCAUACUCUCUAAGCCGUCGCCUGCCCAUAGUACAGAAUCCGUCGUUUAAGGAAGAAUUCUACACGCAAUCGAACGACGUCGGUCUGAUUACUUACCUCGGUGCGCUGACAAAGGUUUCGAACGACAUGAACCAACUGGUAAACAAGUUCAACGUGUUGUACGACCGCCAAGCAAUGGGACGACGUUUGCGAGGAAUAUUCUUCUAAAAUGCGGCUCUCUGCUUUCAGUCCUUAUUAUUUUAGUAUCAUUGUUUUAUUCUUUUUUAUUACAAACAUCUUCACGCACUGCAGAACCUAGGCGGAUGGAUUGUGUGGUUCUACUAUGCAAUAAAGAUCACGCCA